AUGAUAUUAGAAAAUGAUAAUUUUUUAAUGGAAUUAACAAAACUAUUUCAACAACAACGUGUGAAAAAUUCCGGUUCAUUAUGUUUAACAAUGAAACGAUAUGAUGGUCGGACAAAACCGCAACCUCAAUUAACUAAAAAGCAACGACUUGAACAAAAACAAGCGUCAACUCCGACAAUAAAAAAUCCGCCGCAUUCACCAACAACUCAUGAAACGGGUGAAUACAGAUGUCUCGUACGUGCUGUAUUUGGUUCAAAAAAAUUAUCAACUAUUGUUUCAGCUAAAGAUAUAAAUCGUUUUCAAUUGGCCUAUUCAAAUUUAUUAAAAUUAAAUAUGGAUACAUUGAAAAAGAAGGCUAAAGAAAGUAAAGCCGCAACAACAGGUCAAACAUCUACUAAUCCAAAUAGUAAUAUUCCAUCAUCACCAAUACCAACAGCAGCAUCAUCAUCAUCAACAGCUGUUUCCAAUCAACAAAAGAAAACACCAACAACACCAGCUAAAAAAAAAUAA